UUAUGAAUGUCAAACCAGUGUUACCUCAUUUGGAGAAAUGUGUAUUUUUGAUAAAUGUUAAGGACAAGUAGGCUACACCAGCAACUGUUUGGAUUUGUUCGUGUCGCAUUAACUGUUUGUGAAUCUAACUGAUUUGACUAAUUUUGCUUAGAGAUUGGAGAGUGUUUGGAGUUGACUGUUUUUGUUUGGAGUGGAGGUACAUUUCGACGUUUUAAGGGCAGGAAGAUUAUUUCCCUUGAUCAACACAAACAGUCCCCAAUCUCGUAAUAGAACUAAAAUGAGGAAAUUCAGAAUAAAAUUAUGGCCUAACCCUAACUUGGUACACAUACUACGGGAGUACCAAAUUUGGGAGUACGCAAGCAAAUCUAUAAAUUGUCCAAAGGGUUGUUGUACUGACAAACAGAAAGUUUAAGAAACCCUGUCUAGGUGAACUACAAUGCAUUUAUUGGAACUGAAGCAUUCAAAUUAGUCAAAAAGAUUUUUCAAUGCGAAUUGCGAUGUUUCAAAGUCUCUGACCAUCACAAGGAAAAGCAUAUAAAUAGCUAAUCAGUGGAAUAUUCACUCAUAGAUAACGCUGCAGAAAGCAGUUAUCUCUGUUCUUUGUUAGCUGUUUAGUCUUGCUUAUAUUUAUAACAAUGGAUUUUGUCAGUUUCAAAAAUUAUUGAACAUAAAUUUUCAAAAACUCAUUUUUAAGGAGAGCCUUAAUAUACACUCUAAAUUGUAGUAAGCCAUUUUUAUUGUUACUUUUUUACUUAUUAUAUUAAAUUAAGUAGACUGAGUCAUAAGACUGCUAUAAAAUGAUAUAAGGCAUUUCCUGAAAUUGUAUGUUUAUUUAUGGUUUUGUCACUUGUAUAUGUUGUCAGUGUAUUUAUUUUGAAUGACAUCUUAUUAUAUAUGAUUUAAAGUCUUUAUAUAUACUGUAUUUUUCUGUUCUUUGUGUUUUCAUUUACUUCUACACAAAGACAGUUACCAAUGAUGUACCGUAGUUAGUUUCCUGAUCUGGUAAAUAUCACACAAUGCCGGUAAGAAUCAAGUUACGGUAAUAAUUUCUAUGAAAAAUGAACUUUUUAUUUUACAUAUGCAUUAUUUAUUAAUAUUAAAUGUAUAUGCAAAUGUUCAAUUUACGUAGGGUGAAGAUAACUCCCUUUUUGCACCUCGAGGUUUGGUUCAGAAUUGCAUCAUUUUUUGGAAAUUAUCAAGUUUUUCAAUCAUUUCAUUUCAUUUGAAAGAAUAUUAUCUUCCUGCAAAAUGAAAUUUGGAAAAAUAAAAAAUUGAAUUGAAUAAAAUAAUAACCGUGUGGAAAAUAAAAUAAGGUGCAGCAAUGUUUUGUAUUGUUUCAACUGUGAAAUUAUGAGAGAAAGAUGGAAAAAAGUGUCCAUAUGAAAGUGCAUUCCAAUUUCCUAUUCUUACGCUAAUUGCCAAUAAUGAUGUUGUCAGCAUGCUUUAACAUAAAUUGAUUUUCUGCUUCAAUUAAUGAAGCACAUAACAUAUGCUGUAUGUCACCCACAGAGCUUAGUUGUAUUACUGUUUAUAUCCUGUUCAUUGUUAUGCUGGUCAUGUACAUUAGAACAGACUAUAUGCAAUAGCGCGGAAAUGAAUUAGUAAAUUCUGCUGCAUACUGAAUUUUGAAAUAUGUGACAUGAAAUGCUGCCAAUUUUAAUUCUAAUUUACAACCCCAGCUUUUAGAUUAAUCAAAAUUUAUUUUAAAAUUAUCCUUAUCGUAGCAGUGUAUUUGAGCAAUGAUAGCAAAAUAGGCUGCCAUAUGUAAGGUGUGCCAUAUUAUUGCCAUGUUGGUUGAAUCAACACAAUGAAAAUUACAUGCUGUUGUUUUACGUGCAUUGUUGGACAAAAUGACAAUGAGAAUAAUAAAGAAGAAACAAGUCAGUUGCUUCAAGGAGAUAAUGAGAGUGAAGAGCAUUCUACUCCUCGAGAUAAACAGCCUUAUUCCAGAUCUGCAUCAGGUAUAAGCAGUGCAUCUACUUUAAGAGGAUUCUCGACUGAAAGUGGGGACCCCACGUCUGAGUCAUUUGAUGGAAAUGCUCCCCCAUCAGGAGCAAAGUUCUCUAAAGCAGUUGGUGUUCUUAAAAAAUACAAUGUUAUGUCAUCAAGAUAUAACUCAAAAGAAUUGCAGAGACAAUUAUCAACUCCAACCAAACUUAGCCUAAAAAUUGGCAUUAAGAUAAUGCCACGUAGUUCUACAGUUAAGAUUUCUGUUAUUGAGGCACAUGGUGUCACAGAAGCUUUACAAGCUAAAGGUUUGCCAGAAAUCACAAGUUCAGAUGAACAAGAACCGUCUACCAUUGUACAAAUCAGAACAAAAUUAAUGCAUAAUGAAGUAAGAGGUCAUACUAAAAAAUAUGAAAUUCAAGGUGGGAUCACCGGAGCUUUGAAAUUAAGAAAUGAAACCAUACACACAGUCGAUCUAGAAGAAUUCUUGCACUGUAAACUGCGCUUCAGACUUUAUUUUGUGUUGAAACAUCAACGUGAUAAAUUAUUGGGAGAAUAUACUCUUGAUGUUGAGAGUUUAAAUCUUGACACUAAUAAUGCCAUUACACAUACUAUGCUCGAAUUGUAUGAUCCAGCAUUAUUGGAGUCUAAUAUUGUCUCUCCAACGCCACAAGUCACACCUGUUCCACCAAGAUUUUCUAGUUCAGACAGCCAACCAAGUAUGGAUAAAGACUCACUCCCUCCCAUUCCCAAAAUACAAAGGCAAGCAAAAAUACGCAGUCAAGACUCAGACUUACGAGUGAGCAUAAAACGUGAUCAAGACAGAGCAAGUUCAGAUGAUUCCCAUUCAAAUGAAAAAUCAGCGGAAAGCACAACACCCACAAAGAAACCUCUUACAAAAGCAUUGAAAUCAAUUCGUCACGGUGCUUCUUUAAUGCUAACUAGAGAACCCAGUAAAGACAAGGACCGGUCAUUAGAUGCUGAACAUCCAUCUCCAUCUACUGAACCACUAACAGCGAAUGAAAGACUCAAAAUGGUUCUUAAAGAGCGAGGAGAAAAAGUAGGAGAAUUAGAGGAUGCCACUGCUGCUAUGGCAGAAUCUGCUGGUAAUUUUAGUGCGCUCAGUGUGAAACUGAAAGAAAAGUACAAGGCUGAAAGUAAAAAAAAGAAAUCGUCGGAAUCAUAAUUUUAUGGCGAAAUUUCAAAGUAUUUCAGAGUUCACCUUGAAACACUCCACCAAGGUACUUGACUUUGCCUUUUUAACAAUAAUAUCAGUAAAGGCUUAGCUGGAUUAUGAUAUAUGUAAGGUUUAAUAUUGUGCUAGAUGUGGCCUUGUUAUUUAGUCCUAAUGACAAGCAGAGUAUGUAUGAUUGAACGGAAGUUUCCAUUUGUCUGGAAGUCGGAGACAUUUCAUUCUUGCUGAUUGAGUUAAGUUCUAUAUUAUAUAAAAUUGGUAAAUUUAUCAAUACAGCACCUGUGCAAAACAGUGACAGGUGUGUGUAUCCUUCCUGGCUGAGCUUGAUUGGUAUUGAUAUCAAUAUUUGGAGGCGUGCUGGCUUUCCAGGAGGUUUGUGAGAAAAUAUUUAUACAAAAUAAACCAAUUUAAUUUGUUGGUGACUGCGCAAUUUCUUGCCUGUUUUACUAAGCUGACAUAAGAUUAUUAGCUUAUGUACAUAUGGUAACUAUAUUGUCAUAAGAUGCAAUCAAAUCGACCAUUUGAAGUUUUAUUAACAUUUUUUAUAACUGCCACUCUGCCAGUAUGAAAUGAACUAAAUAUUACCACUCUCUUGCCAAUAUAUAAGGUUGCAAUGAUUGACAUGAAAAUUGCAAAUGAAUUUUAAACUAAUGAGAUUUUACCCUAGUUUUUUAGUUUCGCUUUUUAAAUAAACUAUAAAUUUACUUUAAGUAAUUGAAGCUACGCUUUGCUAUGCAGUAGUCCAAUAUCAAUUUAUGAGAUUGGGAUUUAUUGAAACAAUGUUUUAAGACUGUAUGAUGACGUUUGUUGAAACUUGAUUAUAAGCAGAGGAUAGGAUACUGUUGUUGUUGUUGUUUUUUUCAAAUUGUAUUUAUUAAGGCAUUUUUAUUUAUGUUCAACUUGAUAAUUCUUUAGUUUUUGUGUUUAGAAAUCUGCUGUGUGAAACUCUGAAAUGAUAACCAGUUUUGCUGGCACAUAUGGCUAUAAAGGUUCCCAAACUCAGGAAGUUUAGUCACACAUUACUCAUUUACUAAGUAAGCGAUCUCAUAGUACUAUAAUAGCAAACCUAUUUCCCCUUUUAUAUACUGUGUUUUUCUUUUGACAAUAUAUUGACAAUCUGUCAUUCACUUUGUCCAAUUGUUAUUGAAUAUGCUAAGCAGAGCAUUUGUGACAUGAAAAGCACAAAUUUAUCAAAUGAAUCUCAUGAAUGAAGUCAAUUAUUUUAAUAUUGAUGUCAAUGUUGUGAGACCAAUAGGAUAACCAUCUUGGAUUAUUUUGGUAUACAUGACAUUGAAAGCUUUUUUGGAUUCACUUCCUGGGUUUACAUAUUUCAUUACAUGACUUGGUAUGUUUAUUAAAAAUUUUACAGAAAAUCGAAAUAAGAAUAAAAGUGUAUAUAACCUAAUUAAACCCUAUAAACUAUGUUCUUCUGUUCAAUACUAUUGCUCUAUUCUAUAUACUGACAAAGCACCAUGUGUGAUUCUAAAUAUUGUUGCCCUAGUAAAAUAUUUCGCAGUUUGAACAGUAAUUUACCAGUCUAGUUUUUAUUUGUUUCACAGUUUGAUCAAAGCAGAGAUUCUUAAUAAUUUAUUCCUUGGACUGACAGCUUUUCUUUCUGUGGGUUAGCGUGAAAUAAGUAUUGUAUAUUGCAUUUUUUGUCACUAUCAGGUUUAUCUGAUAAAUAUUUAAUUGUUUGUUUUCACUGUAUGAAAUAAUCUGGAGUAAAAACAUUAUUUUUGACCCAGUUUUGCUGGGACAUUUUGCGUUAUACAGGGAAGCCAUCAUUAAUAUCCAUUGCUUUAAAAUAUUUUAUAUUCAUCCAAAAUGUUUGCUUUUUGAAACUUUUUCAAAUGAUAAAAAGGGUGUUUGCUCAUGUUUUGUGAUCAAUCACAUGAUAGCAUUUUUUUUAUCAGCUAUGUACAUGGUAUGGCCAAAUGAUAAAUGUCCGACAUAACAUAAUUAAAUCUGUCUUUGAAAUUUUUAGGUUACUGCUAUGAAAUUUUUUAUAAACAUUCUUAUUCAAAGUAUUUGAAGAUAUUGUAUUUGCAAAAAGUGAAUCUGAAUUCUAGAUCUUUUCUGAUAAUAAUUGAUAUUUCAAUAAAUUCAGCUGAAAUCCUAUUUGCCGCCAAUGGGAUUAUGAGCUUACUGUAAAAUAUUCCGGGCUAUUAUAUACCUAUUCAAUAUUUUGUUAAAUAAAUUAAGGCGGGUAUAUUAUGUAUGCACGGCAGUUGGCAGAUAUGACAUAAAUUGGCGAUGUAUUUUAAGUACAUUCAAAUCGAUUUCAAUUGGCCUUAUUGUAUAAUAAUUCAGGAUAUUCAACGCAAAGCAUUGUUGUUUGUUUUAUACUAAAUUGUGUAUUGUACGACAAACGCUUUGUACUAUUUUCGGGCAUAUGUUAAAACGGACGCUUAUGAACGCUCUGUUAUGUUGCACUGGAAUAGCUUUUUGCCUGCUUCCGUUUGCCGUUUACAGUACGCUUUGAUUGUACCCUCUUAAUGCAUUCUUGGAGAAAGAGCUCCAACCGCAAAUUAUGGAACAACCAUUAUGAGGUACCACACCAAGUAUGGGUCCAUAAAUUAUAUGCCAAUGCGCCAUACUUGUGCUAUACGUUAAUAUACGAGUAUUAUUCGUUACAUUGUGCCGCGUUUAUGUCACUUAGUAAUGUUAAUAUGAGGAAGGCGUAUUGUAAAUACGACAAACUAUUCGACCUUCUAUUAUUCUUCGCCUGCGAAAUUCAAAUGUUAUUGAAAUUUCAAAUAAUAGGAAACCGUGCAAAAUUGAAAAAAGUUAUUGUGCUUUCAUUUGCUUGUUCUCAUUAAAUAAAACAUGUAUUACAGAAUAUCGUAGCUUCUGCGUCCUUAGCAUGUAAUAAGCUCAUUGCCAACCCAAUCAACUAUCGACUGCCUAUUUAUGAUUGUAUUCCACUUCGACGUUAAAAUUCAAUUAAAAGGGCGCACGCGCUCCUCAGGCUUCGAUUUAUUGAAUUCACUAAAAUCUAUUCCGGGAUUAAGAAAUUAUCCAUAUCCCUAAUCACGUUGUUUGUUCUUGUUUAUUAGCCAUCUUCCAAUCGAUUCUCGAUUCCUCUUUCGCUGUUUGCAUACGCUAAACAUGCCAAUAGAGUAGGAAAUAAAUGGAUUUGAUUAGGGUGCUGAAAAAAACCUAUAGAGAGUUAACGCGAAAUUUGGCAAUGCAUCGCAAACCUUGAGACUCUUCUUAUUCAAUUUUCGACAAUCGAAUAUAUAAUAAUAAAUAAAAUAUGAUAUGCAACUUUUAUUAUAUCCAAGCCCAACCGAUUUAAUAUGAUAUCAGUUACUACGUUUAACACGUGUAUCGAAAUUAAUAUUACAACAUUGAAAUGAACUAAACUGAAUUAUACAGUUUCAAGAGUUUUAACGAAGAUUCCAGAAAGGGAGAACUUUAACUAAAAAUGAUUCACGUUUGACUAUGGUAAUUAAUCCAAGGGACAUGGGAUUCCCCCUUUUUAUUGCAGUAGAAUGCUUCAAAAAUUUGACUUACCUCCUAUUAUAUUGAAGUUCUCCCUGGUCAUAAUUUUUGAUGUUAUGACAACUGAUCGUAUCAUAUUAUAGCUAUCAGAAAAUAAUCAAAUCAAUAUACCUAAUACUUUCUUUGGGUAGUGGUUAUGUGCAAUGUUAUCUAACGCAAUAAUAAGUCAAUGUAUUUUUUAUUACCUUUCGUGCAAAUAUCUGUUCCUGUGUGAAAUAAACAUAUUUUAUUGCUACUAUAACGAUUAAUCAACCAGAUCGUUCACGAUCGCAUAAAAAUAUAAUUUUGAAAUGCGGAUUUUUUUUGGAAUAAAUAUUGCAUUUGGCAUGUAGAAAUCGAUCAUUCUUUAUUAACGUUUCUAUGACCAUGCGACUAUUGAAUAAAUCAAAAGCUGAUUGAGUUUUAUAUUGAGUUAUUAUAUAUAAUUACUAACGUCAAAUUUUAUGGGAGAUGUCAUUACAAAUUAGAUUCCGCUAAAUAUGCCACCUGCCUAUGAGCCUCAAGGUAUUCAAACAGCUGGUCCAGCUUACUAUUUUUCAAUGUCUACUUUGUACUAGAAUUGUAUAUUAUAUUAAACAAUAUACAGCUCAAGCAUCUUGCAUUUAUAUUCAAUAUCUCUUCAAAUUGCGAAUAUUUUCUUCAAAAACAUUGUAUAUUAUUAUUAUAUUUUUUGAAUGUGCAAGUUUAUUGAACAGAAAAUGAAGAUUUGAACAAUAAAAAUAUUUCCUAACA